AUGACAAGAGAACCUUAUAAUUACGGAGUUGAGAUGGUUCGCAUACUCAGAGAGAUUAAUACAUUCAGACUAAGCGAUCCAAACAUAACAUAAUUCAAAGAAUCUUACUUCACCUUUGAAGAUGAAUUCGCAAUUAUUACAGAACUUGCAGAAUCAAAUCUCAAAACAUUCAGAGAAAACACAGAACUAACCAAUCAUGCACUGAGAUCUAAGUCCUGA